GAUCCCGAACCUUCUCUCUCCCAAACAUCAGAGGAGACCAAAGCGCCCCCAACCCUCAAAAUCGCUCCAGCCUCUCGAGAGGCCAUAGAAAUCCUCUUCUCCUCUUAAAUCAAAACCUAUAAAAGAAACCUAAUUUCAAACUCUUCCCUCGCUUCGAUCCUUCGUUUCGUAUUUCUUUACACCGAUUUUCCCUCCAAUUCCACCGGAUUUUUCCCUCUCCGAACCCUAGAUCUACCGGUUUUAUUGAUUUCUUAUUGGAAAUUGGGAUUUUUUGAGAUCGAAACCCAGAUCUGUAUAGUUCUACACUACUAGUAACGAUUACAAACUGAGACUUUUUGCGAUAUACAAAAAAGUAGCUCGCUUAUUUAUCCAGGUUGGGAUUUUUAUUCAAUUAGGUUUAGCUUGUGGAUUAGAUUAAAUCAAGGGAUUUACUGAGGGUUUUUUUGAGGGUGAAGAACGCAGAGAAUGGCAGAACAAGGUGGCUUGGAAGGGAGCCAGCCGGUGGACCUAUCCAAGCACCCGUCUGGCAUAGUUCCCACUCUUCAGAACAUUGUAUCCACAGUCAACCUUGACUGCAAGCUUGAUCUUAAGCAAAUAGCAUUGCAAGCUCGUAACGCCGAGUACAACCCUAAGCGUUUUGCUGCUGUGAUCAUGAGAAUUAGGGAGCCAAAGACUACAGCUUUGAUUUUUGCCUCUGGCAAGAUGGUGUGCACAGGGGCCAAAAGUGAACAACAAUCGAAACUGGCGGCUAGGAAGUAUGCUCGAAUCAUCCAGAAGCUUGGAUUUCCUGCUAAGUUUAAGGAUUUCAAGAUUCAGAAUAUUGUUGGUUCCUGCGAUGUUAAGUUCCCAAUCAGACUUGAAGGCCUGGCAUAUGCUCAUGGUGCUUUUUCAAGUUAUGAACCAGAACUUUUCCCUGGGCUGAUAUAUCGAAUGAAGCAGCCAAAGAUUGUACUCCUUAUUUUUGUAUCGGGAAAAAUUGUGAUUACUGGAGCAAAGGUACGAGAUGAGACAUACACAGCGUUUGAGAAUAUAUAUCCUGUGCUCACAGAGUUCAGAAAGGUUCAGCAAUGAUAAGACUAUAUUAGGUUGUCGUCUGUUAAUGAAUUUGAUGAAAGGAAUCCAUCAGUAGCGUUAUAAUAAUGGCGGAGGUGGGAUGCAAGUGUGAAUAUUCACAGGGUUCAAUGUUCCAUCGAUUGGUCGAGAAGCAGUACGUGGCCUAAGGGUGGUGGAAGCCUGUUUUAUGGGAUUUGGAAAUAGCCACAAACUAAAGUAGAUUUGCCCCGCCAAUUAUUGGUUGUGUAAAAGUCGUUCUAAUUCAAUUUUGUAUUGUGGAACUUGUCUGUGAACAUAUUAAGAGGACGUUCCAUGAUUUUAUGAUACUGAACUUUGGUACUCUGUGUA